AUGGGUCGCCGCUCGAUAAACACCACCAAAAGUGGGAAAUACAUGAAUCCCACUGAUCAAGCACGUAAGGAAGCGCGUAAAAAAGAAUUAAAGAAAAACAAGAAGCAGAGACAGUUAGUACGUGCUGCUGUCUUAAAGGGCAAAGAUCCUGCUCAGAUUAUAGAAGAAAUGGAAAAGAUAGAUCAGAUGGAAUACAAUGUUAUGCAGCCACCACCUCUUAAUGAGAAGGUUUUGAAAGAUAAGAGAAAAAAGCUGAAGGAGACUCUAGACCGCGUCUUAAAAAUGUAUGCUAAGGAUGAUCAAGAGAAAUGGGCAGAGUUAAAAGAGCAAUUGAUACAAUAUGAACGCAGAAGAAUAGACUUAGUUUCUUAUUUCGAGGCUGUGAGGCAUGCACAGCAAGUACAAGUUGAUGAAAUUCCAUUGCCAUCAGCUGGCAGUGAAAUAUCUCGGAUAUAUUCAGGUUCUUUAACUUCGCAAAUACCUUUGCCGGACAUGCCGCAACCGCCGGCCCACAUGUAUCCUCCUCACCCACAUUACAUACCUCAACAUCAUCCUCUUAUGAAUAUACCAAUACCACCUAGUAUUUUAAAGAAAACAAGCGCGUACUCGGCAUCGGCUUCUAUGCCUACGCUAGCACCUAAUAAAGAACCACCGGGUGUUCCUCCUUUCCCACCUCCCGAUCUCUCGAGCGACGAUGAAGAUAUGCCUGAUAAGGGUAAGGAUUCCAUGCAGAAAUCAAGGACUAUUCGAUUCGCAGACGACAAAGAAGACAAUAAGCAAGAAUCGGACGGUAAAGAUAAGGAUGUGGAUAAGGAAAGAGAAAAGGAGCGAGAAAUGUCGAAAGUGAAACCGACCACUUUGCAACAGAAGAUGUUAGCCAUGGCGGGCCAAGACAUCGAUCAGUUCAUGCGCGAGAUGGAAGUUGUUCAUAAGAAGCGUGAGACUGAACGAGCUCAAGACUUAAACGCUCGGCUAUCGUUACUCGAAUCGGAGAACGAAUCCAAUUCGAAAUCUAAUAAUAACAAGAAUAACAAAGGGGAUGAUGACGAUCUAGAACCUCCGGGAGCAUCGGAUCAUUCCUCGAACCAUAAUCAACACGCGACGUCGCAUUCCCAUUCUCAACAUACACAGCCGCAUGCAUUGCCUCCAAUGGGGAUGCCGCCUCCUCCUUUGAUGUACAGGCCUCCACCACCUCCUCUGCAUUUAAGGAUGCCUCCGCCACCGCCACCUCGUAUCGGACUUCGAUUACCUCCCGGUCCACCACCAGGAAUGCCAAGGAUGUUGAGGCCUGGCCCACCGAGCAUGCCUAGAAUGCCUCCUCCGCAAAUGCAAAUGCCGAAUCUGUCUAAUAUGACGAACAUAGGAAAUCCUCAGAUGCAGGCACAAUCUGGGGCAGGAUCACAGCCCAAGACGCCCAACGUUCUCUCCGCUGCACCCCAGUUAAUCAAUCGAAAAGAUAAAGAUGGAAAGAGUAGUACAACUAUCGAAGCCAAGCCGCAAAUUAGAAAUCUGGCGGCUGACGUUACGAGAUUCCUGCCUACCUCUCUCCGCGUUAAGAGAGAUGAUAAGAAAAAGCCGAGUACCCUCUUGAGACUCGCGGAGAGGAUGCCGGAAACGCAACCGAUACGAACCACCCAACCUAAGACUAAGGAUGACGCGUACAUGCAAUUUAUGCAAGAAAUGGAAGAGUUACUUUAAAUUUUACUGUAAUUCAAUCUUAUUCGAAUAGCAUCAAAUUAAAUAUUGUAACAUACGAUGCGACUAACAUUAUUACCGAAUAUAUAUGUAUAUAUCCCGAUUUUUUUCAGUUAUACAUAAACUAAGAUGAGAGUAAAAAAACACGUUUCAUUAA